AUGGAUUUGUACAAAUUAUGGAAAGUAAAGCGAAAUGCGCAAAACGCGGUUAACAAAUUUGAAUUUGUUGUUAAUAACAUUAAAAGAGAAAGAGCCGGUCAAAAACGAAUUCUGACAUUCGGUGAGAAGGUCAAAAAAAAGUUGUCGUGCAUUUAUCCGCCUUGGAAAAAAGAAACACCGAAGAGCAGAUAUGAACGGAUGUUUGUCAAUGGCACUGUAGAGCACACGAUGUUCCUUCUACUUCGAAAUAUUUUCCUUGUUGAAUCUUUCGGACUUGUGAUGUACUUUUUAAUGUCAUUCAAAUAUUCCUACUACCCAGAAUUCAUUGGCACCCUAAUAUCGAUUAUAAUCCAUUUCUUUUUGAUACUAACAUUGAUUUUUCCUAAAAUGAUGAGCUAUUUCAUAAUUGCAAUUCAUAUGAUGCUCUCGACAAAAGUCAAAAAUAUUAUAUUGAUUUUGAUAGUGGCAAUUUCGUUUGAGGGUCCCGCGAUGAAUGUAGUUCGCAAUAUUCACCAAGUCGCGUCGGGAGUCGCUUGUAUUCAAGCGAAUGUGAUGGCGUCGAAGAACGACGUCGAAGGGAAUAUCGCCGACAAGGGCCAAUUGCUGGUUUCGAGACUUCGCGCGGUUUUGAGAAAUGUUGCGGGACCAAUGAACAAGGUGAAACGAAUGCUUCUGACACUGGAUGAAAAAGCGACAAAAUUCGUGGAUAUUAUGAGAAAACAUUUUUAUACAAUAUCUGAAUUGACAGCUGAGUGCAAGAAUUUGCUUAAAACACCUUAUGUGAAGUGCCUCGAUGUUUUCGAUGACGCCUACACAUAUUGUAAAGUGAAGGCUCGAUUUUUCGGCUUACACGAGAAAGCGUGCACGGCGAUUCCGAAAACGGCUGCGAUUUGCCAUCAAGCUCAAGGGUUUUCGAGUCAAGUGUGUUCACUUCCAAAUAUUUUUGCAAAAGGUGUAAAAGGAGCAGCUGUGCCGUUCUACUCGGCUUAUUUUGGAGCAAUUGAAUUCGCUAUCAAAAAGAUUUUUUAUAUUCAUAUUGAGGCUACUAAAUGGGCAAUCGAAAAAGUGAAACCGGCUUACGAAGAAAUCAAGAAGGCUAGUCGAAUAACUGUUCAAUACGAGACAUCCGCUGAGGGAAAACCGAAUGCUGCCGAUGAUUCAACUGCAAAUUUGCGAGCUAGCGUCAAAAACAGCCUGAUGGGUAUCGUCAACUUUUACACUGGUAUCAUAAGCUUCAUCUCGCUCAUCUUGCGCUACGGCAUAAUGCCAAUCAUCAUUUUGUGGCCAUUUAUAACGGCCUUGAAAUUCAUUUACAAUUUCAAUUAUGAAGAUGAUUAUAAAAAUAAUUUCAUAACUGACGAAUUUGUGAAAAUUGAUGAAAGUUGCUCAAUGAAAGGUGUAAAAAAAGUGCUUCCUUUAAUUGGAGAUGAGACAAAAAAGUAUAUUUGGCGAACCGAAUGGAAAAUGAAAGAAGAGGAGGUCGGAUCGUACCAUUUGCAAAUUUUUAUCACAAUUAUUUCUUGUGUUACCCCAUUUUUCCUGAGCUUUUUAGAUAUUGGAGUUUAUACGUCAAUAUACAAGGUUUAUCAGUUUAUGAAUCGAACCAAUGUCGAAGUUCCGGCUCAUUAUGAGGUUAAAGUCGCCGGCGACAGCUAUAUGUCGCAGAUAAUGAAUGAGUUUAUGGAUGUCUUUUCUCCGUUCACCCAGAAUGUUAGGGAAAGAGAGAAUAAAUGGCGGACGUGCUUUCAAGAACCAGCUCCACCAAAUUAUUACGAAGAUUUGCUGAUGUUUCUCUUAUUUGUUUUCGCUCUUUUUCUCUGCCGAUUGAAGGUAUUUCUUGGCCGACAAAGCUUAACACUUGCUGACCACUUCUAUCCGCAUCGCGUUCGAAUUCGUGCCUUAACCCUUUAUAGCAAAAUCAUGCAGGAACGGCAUCAUUUACUCGCUGAAAUGAUGCAUUUGGCGGAAGGUGAUACACAAGGCGCCGAUGAUCUUGUGUUUCGGAGAUCAAUCCAAAGUCGAGGGCAUUUACGCGUAAAUUGCUCAAAAUGUGAUAGAUGUGAUAUUCGAGUUGCGGAUCAAGCGAAUUUACGCAUUUGCAUUCAUUGCUCCGCGUUUUAUUGCAUCGACUGUUUUUCGCUAUCGCUUCACUGUUCAACGUGUGAUUUGAAAAUGCAAAAUGUCAAUGGUAUAGAACUUUACUACGAAGACGAUUCCGAAGCCGAUGAUGCAGAAUCUGGUAACUAA